UCUAGGGAUUUUAGGCGCCAGUUUGGUACCAUGACACGACUUGCUAUCAUUUACAACCAAGAAGGUCAUGAAACAUGACAUUAUGACAAACAUUACAUAAUGUGUCUCCUAGACGAUACUUUUGCACCAACUUAUUAAAAACGCAUCAUGCAGUCACACCAACUGGCCUUCAAAUUGCCUCAACUAUAACAAUUUCUAAAAAUAAUUUCAUUAUUCUCCAGUCGUGACUUAUCAUUUUUUGAGGUUUAAUUUACAAGUAGUCAGAUUGUGACGUUAGUAAUUUGCAAGCUUGUUUGCGGUUGUGUACCCAAAAACGCUCCAACUAACUGUUGCCAAUUUAAUGAGUCUGUUUCCACCAAAAACGCGGAAUCGUUUGUGUAAACUACCUGGCAUUGUAAUUACGAGUCAUUGACCCGUAGGUGGCGCCCUUUGGGCGCUACUUUUGAAAGCGAAAGUCUGCAAUGUGCAUGCAAAGCAGUGAGUCAUUAGGUUGGUAAUUAUGAUAUUCUAAAUAAUCAAACAAGCGAAUUCUUUCUCUUUCGCGUCARAGUAYCUUCAGGGUCGUGUUGCGUACUGUUAUAUAAAAGUAAUUAGACGAUUUUUAACAAGAACCUUCAUCUGUGCGAAAUAAACAAAACAAUUUCGAUAAUAAUCGUGAAACGUGUUCACUCUAGUGGAACCGCGUUAUGAAAUCUCUAUUAUUACGGUGAAAAAGCGGUCAGUGAUUGAUUCGGAACGCUCCCAUUUCGAUUUGAAUUUGUAAUUUUGAUCGAGAGUGCUAUGUGACAAAAUUCAAAAUUGCGAGUCGUUUCGAUACGACUGUCAUAAAAUUUCUCAUUGCUGCUUUUCUGAUGUGUAUUGUUUCGACGUAAUCUUCCGUAAAGCUGGGGCAUAAGGACGCCAGUGGCACCAAAAUGGUGGACUACUAUAAAGUCCUCGAGGUGUCAAAAAACUCAACGACAGCAGAAAUUAAGAAAGCUUACCGUAAAUUGGCUCUAAAAUGGCAUCCCGACAAGAACCAAGACAACAUCGAGGAGGCCACAAAGAAGUUCAAGGAGAUCUCCGAAGCGUACGAAGUACUUUCCGACGAUUCGAAACGAAAAAUUUACGACAACCGCUCGAAUAGGUCUACAAGUACAAGAACGAGGUCCUACAGGAGUCACUUUGACACUCAUACCCCCUUUCAUCGUUAUUUCGACAAAAAGCGUCGAAUGUACGACCAGUACGGCAAAGAGGGGCUSAUCAACGGUGGCAGUCGUAGUCGCAGUCGCCACGAWGACGAAUUYGACUUUGGUGGUUUCGGUUUCUUCACUUUCAGAGACCCGGAGGACGUUUUCAGGGAGUUUUUCGGGGGUUCGACMCUCGCCGACUUAUUCGGAGAUUUUCACGAUCACGGACAUAGAGAUCGGCGACGGAAUAGGCAUUCGCAUCCGCAAAACGCGCUCAGUUCGAGUUUAUUCAGCCCGUUUGGGGUGAGUCUGGGGGGUAGUUUCAUGGACGAUUUUUUCAAUACGGGCCAUGGGGGGUUCACUUCGUUCAGUACCAUAAAUAGUACGUUUACGAACGGGGCGGGGGGCACAGCUAACGUCAAAAGGACGUCGACGUCGACGCGCUUCGCCAACGGGAAAAAGAUCACCACGAAGAAGGUGUACGAGAACGGGAGGGAGACGGUGAUGACGUACGAGAACGACAUCCUCAAAUCGAAGACUGUGAAUGGGGUUCCUCAGAGUCUAACAUACAGUUAAACACACUGGCAUGGUACUUGCAAAAUUAGAAGAAUCUACAAUUUAUGUGAUCUUGAUGUUGAUCGAUUUCUGGCCACGCAGUGUUGCCAAAUUGUCAGUGUGUGUAUUAAAGACUUCUUGCAACUGGUUUCAAGUUUUUUUUAUUCAGUUGUACAAUAAAUAUUAUGAUUCUGUUUUCAGAAUUUUUGUAGUAUCUUAAUUUUUAAUAAGAUGUUAUGAUGAUGUAAGAAUUGUCGAGGUUUUUACAUCAUUACAGUUUAGGUUAGGUAGAGAUAGGAAUUGACGCUCUUGAACGAGAGGUGCUCAGGAUGAGUUGUUUAGUUACUAGUUUCAUUUUUGUCAUGUGAAAAAGUUCGGUUUUUGUUUCGUUUUUGCCAAGACUGCUCAUUUUUUUAUUAAGCUUGUCUCAAGGGAAUUAACCUGGAGGAGAUAUUUUGUAAUAUGCAACCUUAAUUUUAGUUUAAUCUUAAUUUGCUAGUUCUUUCCCAAGCACUUACUAUUACUGUUAAGUACACAAAUGAUUAUAUUAUUAAUGUGUGCUUAGAGAUGUACAGUCACAGUGUUAGAAAAAAUAWAAUAUAAACGAUU